ACCAGUGAUCUCGAUGGUGUGACACCAGGAAAAACACAGCCAAAGGUUUCCACUCCAUCCAUGGCCUUCGAGUGGUGCACCGUCGUGGCCAUAUCGGGUGGCGGCGAAGAGGAAGAGACUGAAAUGAAGGCGGCCGGGGCAGAUUACUUUUUCCAGCGCCCAUUCACCGGCAAGGAUCUCAAGCGCUUCUUGGCUCAAUUUGAGAAGGAUCUGAUUGAAGCACGGUCGGCAACACGCUCAACCAGCGUCACGUCAAUCAGCGAGCCAAGUCGGCCAAGCGCAUUGAAGAAUGAGCUGUCUUCUGCGUAAUUCCUGUUUGUUUGUUUGUCUUGGACAAGCG